GAUCCUCCUUCAAUUCAGUUCAGCCCGUCGGUUUGUAUAUUCUGCACCGUCAACGCUCCACCGCCGCCUCCUCCUCCACAAACUCCUUUCCCGAUACUCGUCUCAAUUUCCAUACUCCUUUACUGGUUAAUUCUUCAACCAGCAGUUCCCAUGUCGACAAGAACUGUCAAAGUUUGCAAUCUCUCUUUGGGGGCAUCUGAACGCGAUGUGAAAGAAUUCUUCUCAUUUUCUGGUGACAUUGAAUAUGUUGAGAUGCGAAGUGAUACUGAACGAUCCCAAGUUGCAUAUGUCACCUUCAAAGACGACCAGGGGGCUGAGACAGCAGUUCUUCUUUCGGGUGCAACAAUUGUAGACAUGACUGUGGACAUAACUCUGGACCCCGAGUACAAGCUUCCUGCCGCUGCUGCUACACCGGACACGCAGCCAUCAGAUAAAAAAACUGUCGGGGGUGAAUCCGCCUUCCAAAAGGCAGAGGAUGUCGUAAGCAGCAUGCUUGCAAAGGGCUUCAUCUUAGGUAAAGACGCUGUUAACAAGGCAAAGUCCUUUGACGAGAAGCACCAAUUUACAUCAACUGCGACUGCUAAAGUUGCGUCAUUCGACAAAAAAAUUGGACUCAGCGAGAAGAUAUCUGCCGGCACUUCCCUCGUGAAUGACAAAGUGCGUGAAGUGGAUGGAAAACUUCAAGUUUCAGAGAAAGCAAAGUCGGCAUUUGCUGCUGCCGAGCACACGGUUAGCAGCGCCGGAUCUGCAAUCAUGAAGAACAGGUAUAUCCUCACGGGAACUUCAUGGGUGGCAGGUGCUUUUAGUCGUGUCACAAAGGCAGCCGGAGAGGUCGGCCAGAAGACAAAGGACAAAGUUGGAAUGGCCGAAGAUGAGCAGAGAAGAAAAAUGGUGGAUGACUAUGCCCAAGUUCACUUAUCCGACUCUUCAAAAGAGACGGAGUCGAAAGGGCAGCAGUCUUCCAAGCCUGCCCCUGCGCAGGGGCUAAUUCUCUGAUUCAUCGUCUCAGGUAUAUAUAUAUAUAUAUAUAUAUGCUAUUUCAAAGAUGUUCAUGUCCUUCCUUCCUUAUAUAUAUGCACUAGUUUUUUUCUGAUUUGUAUGGCUAUCAAAGUUUAGUAUGUCUUGGCUGGUAUGUUUAUUUCUCCAUAAUAUAGAUGUAGACAUAAAUAUGUCUUGGUCGUGGUUGAAAUUGAAAUCAUAAACAGUGAUAUAUGUUGUUGAAUAAACGGUUUGUUGAUUCUUCUUCA